UCGAUACAUUUCCCAUUUCAUCAUGGAAUGGUCUCUUCCUUCGUUUUCUGUGAGGCUUAUGCACUUGCAAUAAUUAUGGCAUGCUCUUCUCGAUAAUAAGAUUAUCAGGGGAAUUCGAAACCUCAGGCUCUCCAGUGGUAAUGUUAUUGGGGUAGACAGAGACUGAAUAACGUUGCACAUUUUACAGUCUCAAAAUGCCAUUGGCAUCACCUACUUAUCUCAAUCUCACAGCAUAUAGCCCAUGUACAGAGAGCCAGUUGAAGGAGAGGCUGCACAUUCUGCUUACUACACACAAACCUCCUGAAGACUACUCCACAGAUCUCCAGUUAUUGCAGACCUGUAUUUUAAAGUACACCCUUUUUACAGGGCAAAAAUGUCCCCUCUUUCCUCCCAUUUCCUCGCUCACAGGCAAUUUGCCUUUGCUACACGCACAACUUUUCAUAAUAAGCUUAUUAACAUGUAUGCCAAGUGCGGAAGUUUGGUAGAUGCCCGUAAAGUGUUUAACCAGAUGAAAGAACGAGACAGCGCUUCAUGGAAUACGAUUAUCGCAGCAUACAGAAGAUUUGGGUAUCCUCACGAGGCAGUCACACUGUUUCAGUACAUGCAACAAACAGGUUUCCAACCCAAUAAGUUCACAUUUGCCAGCGUGAUCCCAGCCUGCGCCGAAUUGGGAUUUUUGGAACAGGGUAUGGACAUCCAUCAAAUCAUAACGGAAGGAGGGUUUCUGUCAGAUAUUGUAGUUGGAAAUUGUCUGGUAGACAUGUAUAUAAAAUGUGGAAGAAUGGACGAAGCACGUGAAGUGUUUGACAGAAUGACUCAAAGAGAUGUCAUCUCCUGGACUGCAAUCAUUGCUGGAUACACACAAAAUGGAUAUGUUGAUAAAGCUUUAGAAAUUUUUAAACAAAUGCAAUUGGCAGGUGUAAAGCCGAAUUCCACAACCUUUGUGAGUAUCCUCCCUGCCUGUGCCAAAUUGGGAGCUUUGGAACAGGGUAUGGACAUACAUCAAAGCAUAGGGGAAGGUGGAUUUUUACCAGAUGUUACAGUUGCAACUGCCUUGGUAGACAUGUAUGCAAAAUGUGGAAGCAUAGAUAAGGCAUGUGAACUGUUUGACAGAAUGCCUCAAAGAGAUGUCGUCUCAUGGAAUGCAAUGAUUGCAGGAUAUGCACUUAACGGAUUUGUUGCUAAGGCUUUAGAAACUUUCAAGCAAAUGCAAUUGGAAGGUAUAAAACCAAACUCCAAAACUUUUGCGAGCAUCCUCUCUGCCUGUGCCAAAGUGGGAGCUCUGGAACAGGGUAUGGACAUCCAUCACAGCAUAAUCGAAGGGGGAUUUUUGUCAGAUAUUAUGGUUGGUAAUGCUCUGGUAGACAUGUAUGCAAAAUGUGGAAGCAUAUGCAAGGCACGUGAACUUUUUGACAAAAUGUCUCAAAGAAAUGUGGUUUCGUGGACUGCAGUGAUUGCAGGAUAUGCACAAAAUGGAUUUGUUGAAAACGCUUUAGAAACAUUCAAGCAAAUGCAAUUGGCAGCUGUAAAACCGGACUCGACAACCUUUGCCAGCAUCCUCUCUGCCUGUGCCAAAAUGGGAGCUUUGGAACAGGGUAUAGACAUCCAUCAAAGGAUAGAGGAAGGGGGAUUUUUGUCGGAUAUUAUAGUUGGAAAUGCUUUGAUAGACAUGUAUGUAAAAUGUGGAAGCAUUGACAAGGCAAGUGAACUGUUUCACAGAAUGCCUCAAAGAGAUGUUAUCUCAUGGACUGCAAUGAUUGCAGGAUAUGUACAAAAUGGAUUUGUUGAGAAGGCCUUAGAAACUUUCAAGCAAAUGCAAUUGGCAGGUCUAGAGCCAAAUUCCACAACCUAUGCCAGUAUCCUCCCUGCCUGUGCCAAAAUGGGAGAUUUACAACAGGGUACAGACAUCCAUCAAAAUAUAAUGGAUAGAGGAAUUUUGUCAGACGUUGUAGUUGCAACAGCCCUGGUAGACAUGUACGCAAAAUGUGGAAGGAUAGACAAGGCACGUGAACUAUUUGACAGAAUGUCUGAAAAAGAUGUCAUCUCAUGGAAUGCGAUGAUUGCAGGAUAUGAACAAAAUGGAAUUGCUGACAAGGCUUUAGAAACUUUUUCGCGAAUGCAAUUGAGAGGUGUAAUACCAAAUUCCGCAACCUUUGCCAGCAUUCUCCCAGCCUGUGCCAAAAAGGGAACUUUCGAAGAGGGUAUGGAUAUCCAUCAAAGCAUAAAAGAUAAAGGAAUUUUGUCAGACAUAGUUGCAACUUCCCUGGUAGACAUGUACUCAAAAUGUGGAAGCAUAGACAAGGCACGUGAACUGUUUGACAGAAUACCUCAAAGAGAUGUCGUCUUAUGGACAGCAAUGAUGACAGGAUGCACACAAAAUGGAUUUCUUCAUAAGGCUUUAGAAACUUUCAAGCAAAUGUUAUUGGCAGGUGUAAAGCCAAAUUCCACAACCUUUGCCUGCGUCCUCUCUGCCUGUGCCAAAAUGGGAGCUUUGCAACAGGGUAUGGCCAUCCAUAGAAGCAUAAUGGAAGGGGGAUUUCUGUCAGAUGUUAUAGUAGCUACUGCACUGGUAGACAUGUAUGCAAAAUGUGGAAGCAUGGUUAAAGCAUGUGAACUGUUUGACAGAAUACCCCAAAGAGAUGUAUUCUCGUGGACUGCAAUGAUUGCAGGAUAUGCACAAAAUGGAUUUGUUGAGAAGGCUUUAGAAACUUUCAAACAAAUGCAAUUGGCAGGUGUAAAUCCAAAUUCCACCACCUUUGCCAGCAUCCUCCCUGCCUGUGCUAAAAUGGGAGCUUUGGAACAUGGUAUGGACAUCCAUCAAAGCAUCGAGGAAGGGGGAUUUUUCUCAGAUGUUAAAGUUGGAAAUUCUCUCAUAGACAUGUACGCAAAAUGUGGAAGUGUAGACAAGGCACGUGAACUGUUUGACAGUAUGCCUCAAAGAGAUGUCAUCUCAUGGAAUGCAAUGUUUGCAGGAUAUGCACAAAAUGGAUUUUGCAUGGAUGCUCUCAAAAUCUUCGAACUAAUGAAGCAGUCUGGAACAUAUCCAGACAGCGUAAGCUUUGCUUGUGUUCUGUGUGCAUGCAGCCAUGCAGGUUUAGUGGAUGAGGGCUGUGCACACUUCAAUCACAUGAAUAACUCUUAUGGCAUUAUACCUACAGUUGAUCAUUAUAAGUGGGUAGGUGGGGUGAGGUUCAAACUGUAAGGAGGUUGAUGAAAGAUAGAGGAAUUAAAAAAAUCCCCGGAUGUAGUUGGAUUGAAGGCCAUAAAAUGGUACAUGCUUUUUGUGUAGGAGAUAGAUAGCAUCCACAGACAGAAGUGAUCUAUGCAAGGUUGGAGAAAUUGGCUUGGUAGAUGAAAGAAGCAGGGCAUUUUCUGCAUUCAAGACAUUUAUUUCAAGAUUUCGAAGAGGAGUGAAAAGAAUUAUUUCUCUGCCACUGUAGUGAAAAGUUGGCAACUGCAUUUGGUUUGUUAAACAAACUCCUGGAACAACUAUCAGAGUUGUUAAGAACCUUUGAGUAUGUGCUGAUUGCCACAGUGCAACAAAAUUUAUCUUCAAGGUUGUAACAAGAGAUUUUUUCUGAGAAAUAUGAACCGUUACCGUCAUUUUAAACAA